UACCUUCCACUUCUUUCAAGUCUUUGCUUUCAGGGUGCAGGCUGCAGCACAGCGCUGAGGCACCUGGCACAUCCCCUUUGCAAGGUUCCUGGGGGACCUCACGGAACUGGCGUCUCCUGCUUCUCCAUGGGUGCUGCCUCAUCCUCUCCUGGGCCCUCUUGAUGUUUUUAAUGUGUGUGCACAGCAAUAUGUGUAUGGAUACAUUGUUCAGCUUGGAGAAGAAUGAGUGAAGGCCUCAUUGCGGUCUUCAGCUUCCUUACAAAGAGGAGCACAGGGCAGUGCUGAUCUUUGCUUUGAUAACAGCGAUAGAACAUGAGGGAGCGGUGAAGAUGUGGCAGGGGAAGGCCAGGCUGCUUAACAGGAAAAGGUUCUUCAGCAGGGAGUGAAGGGCACGGAACAGACUGCUCUGGGCAGCAGCCACCGAGCUGCAGGAGCUCAAGAGGUGCCUGGACAACAAUCUCAAACAGAGCUGGAUUUUUGGGAUGUCCAGUGAGGAACCAGGGAUCGGACUUUAUGAUCUUUAUGCAUCUCUUCCAACUGAUGAUACUCCACAAUUCUACAUCUAAAAUAUUCAGCCAUGUAUGAUGCAUCGUUGUGGGGAAGAGCACAGGACACAGCAAUGCCUGCACCACUUGUCAGUGACACACCAGCUUCUCAAAGAGCUCCUUCACUGCCAUGAGACCCACGUGUGGGCCAGCCCGGGGCUGCAUGGCCACAGCCCACGGCUGCACCUCACUGCAGCAGCUUCCUUCACAUCCAUCAGUGCCCGCACGGACGGGAACUCGGCAGCACAGCAGGACCACCUUCAGCUUUACAAACUACACUCCUAAACGCAGCGUGUUUAUUUUCUACAGCCCGUGCCACACAAGCAGAAACAUCCACAUCAAAUUCAGGCGCGCUGCCCAACGCUGUCGGAGCUCUUUCCGAGCGGCACCGGCACACUUCGCGCCCUCAGGACGCGCACCGAACCGCCGCCACGUCCGCUCCGAACCGCAGGCCGUCCCGCCGCACGGCGCGGCCCGCGGAAACGGAAGCUCCGGGCCGUGCUGUCAGCGGAGGCCGCCGGGAGCGGGGGUGGGGUCGGUUUGAACCGUUGGCCGCUCGGCCGGGCCGGCUCCGCGCGGGUCUUUGCCCGCCGAGGGGGAGCGGGAACCGCCGGCCCGGCCCGGCCCGCGCGAGGCCCCUCAGAGCGCGGACUGUGAGUCAUACAGGUUGCUGUGUUUUCUGUCAAAAUGAAUGGAGAAGAGGAAACAUGGAAAGAGCUGGAUGCUGAAUUUGAUCGCUGCAUUGUGGAUGUGAAGCCUCACAUACUAAAGCUGCAGCAUAGGUCAGAACGCCAGAGGUGUGCUCUGUGGGUUAAAAAACUGUGUGAGCCCUCAGGAGCGGGUACAGGAAUAGCGGGAAGGAAGAAUCGGAACUCAUAUGCAAAACUUUUGCUCCACAUGCUGAAACGAGGAGUGCUAGAAGAUCCUUUUACACAUGAACCAGAACCAGGAAUGCUGAAAACAUUACCUUCAUACAUGUUAAUUUAUUUUGAUGAACCAAAUUCAACAAGAAUUCAGAGUAGUAGCCCAGACUACCUGCCUGACUGGGUGAUGGGAGAGUUAGGAGAAGGUGAAUCCGUGCAUGAGGAAUUGUGGACUUUAUCUUCUAAAGAAGAGUCAUCUUCAACAACAGCAGUUACAUAUGAAGAGAGAUUCAAGUACGAUGGGAAGCCAACACUGAGAUCACAGUCUACGAGUCCUCUUCUCCAGAAUGAUGAUGAUGACCUAGCAGCACCUCUGCCUGACCAUCAUCAUAAGAAAACUAUUUCUGUGGAUGACAGUGACCUUGAUGCACGUCUCAGUAGUUGGAAUCUUGGGCUUGAAAAUCCAAGAUAUUUACGGGAAAAACCAAUCCCAGUGUCUUUGAAGACAUCCAAAAUUGGCCUAGGAAAAGGUAGCAGUUUCCAGGAGGACCCAGCACUGCUUCGAAUGCAUGAGAAGGAGCUAGACAUGAAAAUGAAAAUGAUGGAAGGUAAAUUUCAUGAAGAAAGACUUCAAUUACAGCAGAAGCAUGAUUCUAAUGUUCAAAAGAUUUUGGAUCGGAAGAAUGACGAAAUAGAGUUGUUGAAAUCCCUCCACAAAUCCAAACAAAAUGAAGCCGAGGAGACAAUUAGAAAACUGGAGAAGAAAGUUCAGACCCUACUCCGUGAGUCACAAGUCAUCAGAGAAGCAAUGGAAAAGCAGAUUGUAGAGUUAAAGAAGAUGUGCGAGAAAAGCACUGAGUCUUUGAACAAUGAGUGGGAGAAAAGGCUUCACAAUGCUGUGGCCGAAAUGGAAAAGGAGAAGUUCAGUAUUAGGAAGAAGCACGCGGAAGACAUGAGGGACCUGCUUGAGGUCACCAAUGCUCGUCUUAGCAAAAUGGAGGAGGAUUAUAUGGAUCAAAUAGAGUCAACUAACCAGACGGUCAAAAAUCUGGAGGCUCGAGUGCAACAGUUGAUGGUUGAGGCUGAAAACAGUAAUUUACAGCGUCAGAAGUUAUCCCAGGAAAAGACUGAAGCAGAACAAUGUUACCAGGCAGUGUGCUCUGAACUUCAGGAAAUGAAGGCAAGGCACAAGUUGUUUCUGGAAGGCAAGGACCGUAUUGUACAGGAAUAUGAGGAGAGCAUUCAGCAACUGCAAAGUAAAUAUGAUGUUGAUAUAAAUGUUAUGAAGCAGGAGCAUGCUCUCUCUACAGCUAAGGCAUCUGAUGUGAUUGAGGAGUUACAGCAUAGUGUGUGUCUAUUAAAACAACAGUUACAAGCUUCAGAACAUCAAAGAGAGCAGCAACUGAGGGAUCAGGACUAUAAACUUCAACAAGACAAGCUUCGCUUGGAGACUGUAUAUGAAAAGCAGAUUCUUGGCAUCCAGAAUGAUCUUGAUAAAGAAAGAGGGGAUGCCCAGAAGAAAAUUCACAAGCUGGAGGAGGCUUUGAAGGAGAAGGAGGAGCAGCUGACUCGGGUGACAGAGGUACAGAGGCUGCAGGCCCAGCAGGCAGAUGCUGCCCUGGAGGAGUUUAAGCGGCAGGUGGAGCUGAACUCAGAAAAAGUCUAUGCUGAAAUGAAACAGCAGAUGGAAAAGGUUGAAGCAGAUCUAAGCAGAUCAAAAGUGCUCCGGGAAAAGCAAUCCAAAGAAUUCUCCUGGCAACUGGAAGAGCUCAAGCAGAGAUACGAGCAGCAGAUAGUGGAGCUGAAGCUGGAGCAUGAACAGGAGAAGACGCACCUAUUCCAGCAGCACAACGCAGAGAAGGACUGCCUGGUCCGACACCACGAACGGGAAAUCGAGAAGCUGGAGAAGCAGAGUCGCGCUGCCAUGGCAGAGCACGAGAGCAAAACUCAGGAUUGCAGGAAGCGAGACGGGCAGGUUAUCUGUGAUCUGGAAAACCAAAUCCACAAGCUGAGGGAAGAGCUCGUUCAGGUGAAAGCUCAGCAGAAGCAGCAGCUGAUGGAGCUGAGCCUUCAGAGGGAGCAAGAGAGGCAGAGGGCAGCGCGAGAUCACAGGGCAGCGGUCAGCCAGCUGAAAGCAGAGACGGAAAGGAUGGUGCAGGACCUGAAAAAGGUGCAUGCUGCAGAGACAGAGAAGGCCUUGGACAAGGCCAACGGCCGACUGAAGCAGAUGGAGAAAGAGUGCAGCCAGAAGCUGGCCAAGUCCUCGCAGAUCAUAGCUGAACUUAAGACAACCAUUUCCUCUCUGACAGAAGAGAACAGCCAGCAGCAGCUCGCUGCAGAACAGCGGCUCCAGGAAGUUGUACAACAGUUUGAAGAUAAGAAGCAGCAGCUGAUUACAGAUAAUAACAGAGCAAUCAAGACCCUACAAGAUGAAGCGGAGCGUUCCCGCAUCCAGGCACGGGCUGCAGAGAAGAAGCUGCAGCGCAGGGAGCUGGAGACCCACGAGCAGGUGACCCAUAUACGACAAGAAUAUGAAACCAAACUCAAAACUCUAAUGCCAGCAUCUUUGAGGCAGGAACUUGAAGAUACCAUCGUAUCUUUAAAAUCUCAGGUAAAUAUUCUGCAGAAAAGAGCCUCCGUCCAGCAGGAAGAGCUGAACACCUACCCCACCAGGAGGUAGCUGCUGGAGCUGUUGGAUUUCUUUGAUCGCCAAAUGGACUGCUUUCAAUAGGUUUGAAGAUUUGGCUCUUGUAAAUUAAAAUGCAAAGAUCAGUGACUGUUUUAUUAGCACACAAAGUGCAAUGAAAUUCAUGAAAACAUAUCCAUUGCUCAUGCCAGAAUUUUUUUUUUAGUUGUACCUUGCUUCCUUCCAUUAUUUUUUUAUCAUCAUUUCAUCACAGACUUACACUUCCAAUAUACUGUGUUGAUUCUGCUUGCUUUCCAAGAGGAAGUUUCCUCUACUAAUAUUUUGUUACUACUUCCUCGUACCAUUCUUUUCACUCUUAUACAUGAAGAAAAUCCCAUUUUCUAUUAUUAAUGUCCAAGAUUUUUUAACAAAUUUGACAUCGUUUUGCGUCCAUGUGUUUACAUAAGAUUAAAAUAUUAUUUUGCACUAUUUUGUUUUGCCAUUAUUGUCCUGCUUGGGCAUCUCACUCACCUAAAUAGCCACAGUGCAUAAUAGGGUUUUG